UUAAUUUAAGAAUUUUCACAUACAAAUCCUCUUCUUUUCUUACAAAAGACGAUAUUUUGUUAAAUAUUUCCUUACAGCUGUUAUUAACGCUUGUAAAUGAAACUGUUAGCAAAUUUAUGUCAGUGGUCAGUCAUUUUGCCAGAUUUGCACACACUAACUUCCCAAAAUACCGUUAUAUAUUAAACAAAGAGGGCUUCGCAUGAUUUAAAAGAAAAAAAACUUUUUAAAUAUAAUAUAACGUUAUUUAAUCUUCAUUAAAUCGCAUUCUCUGUUGCCCUCUAGCGGUCUCAGUGUGCAUUGCAGUAGUAAUUUCGAGAGCCGGAAGUGAGCUCUCGAAGCGGCUACAUACCCGUAUGUAAACAAACGUGUCUGGGUCGUUGCUGUUUGGCCGUGAAGUUGUGUUCGUACUGUUACUUUUCUUGUAACCUUAAGUACGUGGUGAGGCGUGUGGUGUGUAGCAAUGCCCCGUUCGUGCUCAGAGUGUGGCUCGAAUAGCGUGGUGGAGGAUGAGCUGUAUAGUCAGACGCAGUGGGUGUGUCAGGACUGCGGCUCCGUCAUCUCAGAGGGGACUUUCACCACCGUAUUGAGUGAUGAACAACACUCUACAGCCGUGCCUUAUUACAUCACCACAGAGGUUACGAAGAAGCCAUGUCCCAACCUGAUCAAAGGUCUGGGUCGAGUGCGCUCUCUGUGCCGUAUCCUCAGGUUAUCCAAACACAUGGAGUCUGAGGUGGCAAGCUUGUAUGAGCGUGCCUAUAACCACCCCUACUUUCUGAAUGGGCAUCUGAUGAAGAAGGAGAUGUUGGGGGGCUCCUGUCUGCUGUCCGUCUGCAGGCAGAACAACUGGCCUGUUGCCAUGGGAACCAUCAGCAUGCUGUUAGACGCCGACCCAGCUUCCAUAGGCGCCGUCUAUCAUGACCUGAAUAAAGCCCUGAACAUCCAAAAUACAACCACAAGCAGCUUCACUGAGCUGCUGGAGAGCCACUGUCACGAGUUUAAGCUGGGCCCCAGUGAUGUGCCUGAUUUUUGUGUGGAGUCUGUAGAGCGGUUGGUGCAGCGGAGCACUGCACUGUUGGAGCUGGCCACUGAUGUGUGGUUAGUGACCGGACGCCAACCACUGCCCCUCCUCACUGCGUGUGUGUAUGUAGCCUGGCAAUCUCUCAAACCCAUGGCUCGUAUGAAGUACACACUGAAUAAGUUCUGUGAGAUAGCGAGGUUGCCAAAGUUGAAGCAGACGUGUGCGACGCGGCGGGACACAGCGGCACGACGUGUCAGUGAGAUCAGGGAGGCGCUGUGUAAGCUGGGCCGUGUCCUGCCCUGGCUCAGAGGAGGCGCUGUUGAGCCCGGCUCCGUCUGCACGCUGGUCGAUGAUAUCCUCUCAUACCGCAGAACUCUGAUGCUGCAGGCUGUGAGGAACUGUGAGCUCGAAGAGGCUGCUGAGGAACAGAAUGCAGCCUCCUCUGAAGAAGCGCACUGGGGUAAAAGGCACCUUUUCCUGCCCCCUUCAGCAAGGAACGCAAAGCGUCCAAGACCCAACUCACCCGAGCCAGACGUCAUCGGAGACGGGAACAUAUCAGACACAGAGAUAGAAUCGUACAUUCGCUCACCGGAGGAGGUGAAGCUCUAUCUGGAGGUGCAGAAGAAACUGACAGAGGAAAAGAAGUGAAGGAUUCAAAAUGAGGAAGUGAAGACUAAUUAAACUAGUUUUUACUUUCAGUUUGUCAUUUAUUUAAGCUCUUUUGUUGUUCACUGAGUACUUCUGCAACAUGCACUUUAAACUAGCUUUAUUAAGUUCUCUUUAGUGUGCACUACUGAGUGUGAGAGAUGUGGUUGGUCUUUUGUCCUGCUGCUUGGAAUCCAGACAAAACCAACAGGAUCUUGCAGGAUCUUGGAGAUUGCAGAUCUUAGACAGCGUGCCUUUAAGUACCAUGUAUUGAAAGUUCUAAAUGGGCAUGCCAUGUCAAUAUCUUGAGAUGUAUUUCUUCGUAUUUUGUCAUUCAUGCUGUCUGCUGUAUACAUGUAUUGCUGCAGAUUACAGUAUUGCACACUGUCAAGUGUAAGAGACGCAGUAGAUACCAGAGACUGAUAUUUUAUAUUUCACUUAAUGUGGAAGUUACAUCACAUUUUAGAGCAAUGCAUUGUGGGAGUCCUUCAGUACUCACACACAAGUUCAGCUUUCUACUAAAGUCUUUACUGCACUCUUGUGUUUCUCCUUAUCCACUGAAAUCCUCUUGGUUGCCAUCUUAAGAACUGUACUAAAAGCUGAAGACAUUUUACCCAGAAGACAUUGCUGUGCCCACAAACAUUAAUAAGGCUAAAAACUAGCAAUAUUAUCGGUAUGGGAAUUGCUUUAGUUACAUUGUUCUUGAUGUCAGUAUAGAAAUUGAUGCACUUUUGUGCUAAGUGUUUGUUUUUGUGUUGUCAUUUUAAUUUAAAAUGUUCUUUUUUUUAUUGAACUGACCGAACUGUUAAUUAGCAAAUGGUUUGGAAGUGUUUUUUUUUUUUUUCCCCAAUGAGUUAUUUGUAUUAAAUCCAAUUUUUGAACACCACAUUAUGUCUUCAUGUUGUAGUCUGUACUUUCUACGCAGAGCAGUUGUGCAUCAUGUUUGAACGAGUUAGACAAGCGCUUUACUUCAGGUUAAGCAAAGGCACCUCACACUUGUGAUGAUCAUUAGGGUUUGUUUAUAGGGACCAGGGCCAAUUUUACUUUCUGCUUUAGUCAGUAUAUUUGUACAAAUCAGGAACUGUUGGAGGUUGGAU